AUGAUGCAGUCCUUUGAGACAAGGAUAGUUGGGUUCAUAGUUGUUGGCUUUUUCAUAGUCUUCUCGGUGUUCUGGAGCUUUCCUGAAGAGUCCGGGGCUGCAGUCAAAUGUCCUGAAACAAAACCACAUCGGCCAUCCAAUUUUGACUCGCACAAAGCAACUCUUUCCAAAAUAUUGCACAGCAAAGAGUUCAGAAAUGCUUCUGUGAUGAAAUUGCAAGCUGCAAUCAGAACAAGGACUGAGGUUUAUGAUGAUGAUCCCAUAUCUGUUGAGGAAGAUCUUACGUACUGGUCGAAAUUCGAAAAGUUCGAACAACUACUCAAAUCUACGUUUCCUCUAUUUUACAGCAAAACCACUCUCCACAAGGUCAAUUAUCAUGGAUUGGUGUAUAUUUGGGAGGGAAGUGACUUGUACUUGAAGCCCCUGGUUUUGAUGGCUCACCAGGAUACGGUGCCCGUUUCAAAUAUUACCCUCAGCCAAUGGGAACACGAUCCUUUUAGUGGUGACUACGAUGGAGAAAACGUUUACGGUAGGGGAAUUGCUGACUGCAAAGACCAGCUUAUUGGACUAUUGGAAGCUGCAGAAGAGCUGAUCAAUAACGGUUUUUCGCCAAGACGGACCAUUAUCUACUCUUUCGGCUUCGAUGAAGAAGUUGGUGGCCCAAGAAACAAGAACGCGGAAUGGCUCGAGGCGAAAUACGGCAAAGACUCCAUGUACGCAAUUCUGGAUGAAGGAGGGGUCAAUUUGGACACCAUUCAAGGAGUUAAAAUGUCUGUCCCAGGAACAGCGGAGAAAGGCUACAUGGACCUGAAAAUUAUCCUAGAAACGCCAGGAGGGCAUUCGUCGAUUCCGCCUAAGCACACAUCAAUUGGCAUGAUUGGCGAGAUGAUUGUGGAGCUCGAAAGAACGGAAUUCCCGACGUAUUUUACCGAAAAAAAUCCUGCGUUCUGGGAAUACGUCUGCGUUGCAGAGCACUCGCCCGACAUGGAUUCAUCGGUUAAAAAAAGUAUUCUCAGUGCAGGACACAACCAGAAGGCCAACGAGGUUGCAAGGAAAUACAUAGAUGUGGAUCUCGGCAAGGGAUUUGUUGUCAAGUCAACAAGGGCCCUUGACAUCAUAACUGGAGGAGUCAAGGCCAACGCUCUACCAGAAUAUGUGGAACUCACGGUGAACGUACGGAUUGCCAUGGAGGAGACGGUGGAUACUGUGACGAAGAGAGUUCUGGCUACCAUUGAGCCGGUUAUUGAUAGAUAUCAUCUGGGCCUUGCACUUGACCUUGAUGGGCGUCAAGAAAUCAAGCCUAGAAAGCCAGCCGGAAACUGUCUGGUUAAAGUCGUUCAAGCGGUUCCGCCUGCUCCCUUGACCCCCACUCGGGGUAACCAUUGGAACAUAUUUGCCGGAACCAUCCACCAUGUCUAUGAAGACCUUGUGGCUCCAGAUUCAACAGGCCUCAUUGUUGCUCCGGGUAUAGGUUCUGGAAACACAGACACCAAGUACUAUUGGAACCUCACAGAACAUAUCUACAGAUACAGGCCCGGCUUGUUACCAGGUGUCUACUCUAAGGAGCACGGGAUCAACGAAUAUAUUCCAAUGGACUCUCAUCUGCACUUGAUUGCGUUCUAUUAUGAGUAUAUUUUAAGUGUCGACGAGACGGACGAUUGA